CACGUACCACCAUCCUACCAUGCAUGCCUUUCGUGACUGUCCACCAAUCAAUGCGUCUCGGAUCCGAACUUGCGCAUGGGGUUCUACUAAAAGAUUUCACUCCUUGAUCUUUAGAACUGUCUUUUUACUUCCGACCCCAAACUUGUGUUCCCCGAAACUUGGGGCCGGGGAUCAUGUUGACAUACGUAACUUGCUAAUAGCCACCGACAAUACCUCCGAAGGCGAUUUUCACAGUCUAGAAAUGUUAGAUGACUAUUUUCCGUUUUCAACAGCAUGGUAAACUUCAUGAGAAUGUUCAUCAAGCGACGACAUACGACGCUAGCUGCGAAGUCGCCCACUGGGUGUUCUAA